AUGACUCUGUUAUGGCUCAUACUGCUUCUCCUGCACCAAGGAUAUACGUUGGUUCCAGUGACAAUCGUUCAGCUUGGAGAAACUGCAACUAUAAAAUGUUCCUUAGAAAGUGAUGAAAAGACCAGUGAUGAACUCCACUGGUAUAAACAAACUACAGGAAAUUCGCUGAAAAUAAUUGUGAAGCUAUUAGAAAAUGAAAAGCCUAGUUUUGGAUCUGAAUUUUUGGCCUCAAGAUUAAACGUCACAUACAAAGGGAGGUUUAGCAAUCUGACCAUUUGGAAGACGACUCAAGAAGAUGAAGGCAUAUAUCACUGUGCUCUCAUUAACUGGAACAAGAACACUUGGCGAGGGACCUAUUUGCUUAUAAAAGGAAACAACGUGGGAACAUCAAACUACAGAGUAGUUCAGAGCUCCACGGUAUCAGAUUCCCUCCAUCCAGUGGAAUAUGUCACUCUACAGUGUUCGGUCCUCUCAGACAUUGAGAGCAAGACGUGUUCAGGUGAUCUCAGUGUCUUCUGGUUCAGAUCAAAUACGCCUGACACAGAUAUCAUCUACAUUGAUGGAAACAAAACGGAAAAAUAUCAGAAGACAAUUGAUCAGACCAGAAGUGUAUUUAACUUCACUAAGAAGAUCAGCUCCUCUGAUGCUGGGACAUAUUAUUGUGCUGUGGCCACAUGUGGAGAGAUUCUAUUUGGAAAUGGAACUAACCUGGGAAUUCAUGGGUUAUCCUGGUCACCGGAGCCCAUCAAAGUUAUUUAUUCACUUUCUGCAGUCUUAGUCAUAAGUCUGAUUGGUAUGGCUGUCCUCAUGAGCUCCAUCAAUGGGAUCAAAUGUGGACAUUGUCAAGAGUCUGGUAAGGUGCAGGGAAACUGUGGUCAGAACAGGCAACAGAGGGAUGAAGACAGAGCAAUGUAUUCUGUUGCCAUCUUCACCAUGAUGAAAAUUGACAACAAGAAACCAGCAGAGAGAAAGAUGAUGUUUGCUGCAGUUAAAGCCUUUGGCCUUUAAGAAAAUGUUCUUCAACCUUGGUGUUGAUUUAAUUCAUGGCUGUUUUGAACUAUAUAUUAUAAUGUGCA